AUGUCGGGAGGAGGUCGUCGGCAAAGGCUGAAAGGUCUUGGCUUCAACGCCAUGAGCAUGGAGUGCAGUGCGACCUCGGGGUAUAAGUUGCGGAUUUUGACGGAGACGCCAGCGAAGCGCUCCAUGAAUGUCCUUAAUGGUUCGUCGUCGCCCUGGGAUGGCCAAGGCGGCGGAUGUGAUGUGAUGAGGUCGGCUCGUUGCAUAUUGCGCCGUGAAUCGCCUUACCAGAGUGGUGAAACUGUUGAUCGACUCAGUAGGGAGCUGGGUGUACCAAUUGAGUGCAGCCCCCUUGAGCGAGCCCAAUACGGCCGUACUGAACAAUGGCAGAAAGCCAUUGGAUUCUAUACAGAAGCUAUCAAACUCUGCGGUGAUAAUGCAACAUACUACAGUAACAGGGCUCAAGCAUAUCUAGAACUUGGAAGUUUCCUUCAAGCUGAGACAGAUUGUACAAAAGCAAUUGGUCUUGACAAACAGAAUGUGAAAGCCUAUUUUCGUAGGGGUACAGCUAGAGAGAUGCUAGGCUACUACAAGGAAGCAAUUGAUGAUUUUAAACAUGCCCUUGUGCUUGAGCCAACCAACAAAAGGGCAGCUGCAGCUGUUGAAAGGUUGAGGAAGCUAUUCCAGUAGGUACAUACAUAAUUGUGGCACGAGAUAUGAUGGCUGAAAAUGGUAUUCGUUGGUGGUGACCUAUACGCACCGAGACGAUUAAUGAGUUAGUUCCUAGUUACAAUAAGUAUACAAGAGUAAUUUGACAUUUGAUUUCUUGAAAAUGAUAAUGAUUCUUUUGUCCUUCGAGGCAUGGCAAUUUUUAGACAUUAAAAGCAUGUAGUAAUUGUACUUCUUUUUCUUCUGCUUCUGUGACCUUAGUUACGUGCUAUUGCCAGAAUGAGUCCCAAUUUUGCACGAGGUAAAUAUAUUCGGAUUGUAAUGUCAGUGAGUCAAGUGAGGCGGUGCUUAUGACCAUAGCUAGGUAUUUUUCUUUUAAGUAGACUUUUUUAUAAUCUGUUAUCCGAUGAAGUACUUCAUUUGUUGGUGCAGUGUUUAUGAUUUCAGCUAACAGGCCUUUUAUUC